AUGAAGACCAUGUCGGGCAUCGUGAGGCGGCAGACGCUCCUCGCGACGGACUCGAGCCUCCCUGCCCUAGCCCAGGCGCUCGCCUCCCGCUCCGUCUUCUCGCGCGGCUUCGCGGCCCAGCCCGCCCCCGUCCCGGGCGACUACGUCCCGCAGCUCACCCCCGAGGCGCUCCCGGAGAACGUGAAGAAGACCCAGUACGCGGUGCGCGGCGAGCUGUACCUCCGCGCCGUCGAGCUCCAGAAGCAGGGCAAGAAGAUCAUCUACACCAACGUCGGCAACCCCCACAAUCUCAAACAAAGGCCCCUCUCGUGGCCCCGCCAGGUCCUGUCUCUCAUGAUGUCGCCCGCGCUGCUCGACAGCCCUAAGGUGACGGAACUGUUCGCGCCGGACGCGGUGGAGCGCGCGCGCGCGAUGAUGGCCAAGGUCGGCGGCGGCGUGGGCGCGUACUCGGACUCGAAGGGCUACCCGUUCGUGCGCGAGGAGGUGGCGCGGUUCAUCGAGGAGCGCGACGGGCACCCGACGUCGCCCGACCGCAUCUGGCUCACGGACGGCGCGUCCGUGGCCGUGCGGCUCGGCCUGCAGGCGCUCAUCGCGUCCCCGAAGGACACCGUGCUCGUCCCGAUCCCCCAGUACCCGCUGUACUCGGCGUCGAUCGCGCUCCUCGGCGGCCAGAUGGCCGGGUACUACCUCGACGAGACCAACAACUGGGGCCUGAGUCUGACCAAGCUCAAGGAGUCCCUCGCGACGGCGCGCGCGGCGGGGCAGAACCCGCGCGCGCUCGUCUUCAUCAACCCGGGCAACCCCACGGGCACGUGCCUGUCCGCGGGGCAGCUGCGGGAGCUCGCCGAGCUGGCGCACAAGGAGCGCCUGGUGCUGCUGGCGGACGAGGUGUACCAGGAGAACGUGUACCAGGACGAGCGGCCGUUCGUGUCGAUGAAGAAGGUGCUCAUGGAGAUGGGCGAGCCGUACAGCAGCGAGGUCGAGCUCAUGAGCUUCCACACGGUGUCCAAGGGGUCCCCGGGGGAGUGCGGUCUGCGCGGCGGGUACGUCGAGAUGACCAACAUCCACCCGGGCGUCAUGGACGAGAUGUACAAGCUGUCGUCGAUCAACCUCUCCCCCAACACCAUCGGGCAGCUGAUGAUGUCGCUGAUGCUCCAGGGCCCGCCCAAGGACGGCCCGAGCUACGCCGCGCACACCAAGGAGAAGGCCGACACCAUCGCGUCGCUCCGCCGCAGGGCCAAGAUGAUGACGGACGCCUUCAACGCGAUGGAGAACAUCACGUGCGUGUUCACGGAGGGCGCGAUGUACUCCUUCCCGCGCCUGCACCUCCCCGCCAAGGCCGUCGAGGCCGCCAAGGCCGCCGGCAAGGCCCCGGACGUGUUUUACUGCCUGAAGCUGCUCGAGGAGACGGGCAUCUCGACGGUGCCGGGGUCGGGCUUCCAGCAGGAGGACGGGACGUUCCACCUCCGCACGACCAUCCUCCCGCCCGAGUCGGAGAUGCCGGAGAUCCUCAAGGCCUUCUCGGACUUCAACGCCAAGUUCAUGGCCCAGUACAAGUAA